CCCUGACCAUCAUCAUCACCCGAUCUGUUAGAAUGAAAGAUUGAUGAACCCCAAUUGUACCGGUAAAAAUGUACUAAACAUUAAUAUACCCCAAUACGCUUAAAUGGAGUUAACAUAUCUUAUUUUUAUUAGGUGGUUUUAUGUAGCGCAGUACCCAAGCCUAGGGCUAGGCUCACUGCUCAGUACUCAAGCCUAGGGCUAGGCUCGCUGCUCAGUACUCCAGCCUAGGUCUAGGCUCACUGCGCUUCACAUAAAAAUUUGCAAUUACAGAAACGUAUACAUUUAAAAAUAGCAAUUGAUGAAAAGCUUGACCUCACCCACCCAAGUACUAUCUACCGCUGUCUAGCCAUGGACAACACCCAGCAGCAUCGUGUGUUCUUUAUCAGUCAGAAAAGGGGGGGGGGGCGUUGAGAAUGAGUCGGUAUAGUACAGUUUGAAGAGAUGGGUCUUGAGUACUCUUGGGGGUAGUUUUUGAAGGCUGUGAUUGUCGUUAUAUUGCAGAUGUUUAAUGGGGACAGUCAGAAAAGGGGGGGGGGGGGCGUUGAGAAUGGGUCGGUAUAGUACAGUUUGAAGAGAUGGGUCUUGAGUACUCUUGGGGGUAGUUUUUGAAGGCUGUGAUUGUCGUUAUAUUGCAGAUGUUUAAUGGGGGAGAAUUCCAUUGUUUUGGGGCACAGAAAAAGAAAGAUCAUAUAUGUUUUAGUGCGUGUUCUGGGAACAGAAAGAAUACGCAUGUAUAUGGAUGCAUGUAUAUUGCCUCAAGCCUUCAAACCCCUAGUGCAUGAUUCCCUCACAAAGUUGCACUAGAAAUCAGUUAAAUUUUCUCAUCAACACCAGGAACAGAAACAUUGCAUUAGACAUUGCCUGCUUCCGACAAUUUGCUGACAACAUGUCAUCAGCUCUACAAAUAUGGAAAUGUCUAAUAAAUGUCUGUAAUUGCUGUGCGCAGUAAUCAAAAUUGAAAAAUCUGCAACUGAAACAAAGCGAAUUACCGCAUAAGAAAUUUUGCUAUCUACCCUGCGUUUUGUUUAUCGCCAGCAAAUAAGGUCAAGUUUACACAUAUAUAAAUUAACAUGGUCAAAAUCUAUUCAUUGGUGGACAUAUAUACAAAAACCAUGUAGCUGGGACUAUUCACCUUAUGACUGUUAACGAUCAGAUGAAAGAACUUUAGUACCCUCCGACGGGACAGGAUGGGGCUUAGUCAGUGGCGUAGCCAUGGUUGGUGUCACCCGGUGCGGUAAACUCACGGUGUCACCCCCCCCCCCCAACUUUUAUGAUCGAUUUUUUCUUGUUAAGUCCACAGUAUAACAAUAACAAGAACAAAACACGUAAAUCGAAGUUCAUGAGAUCAAGGAAUUUAAAAACUGUAACAACGUUGAGUUUUAGUUAUUUUUACAUUACAUUUAAUGUAUUUAAAAUUUUCCUUUCCUUGUCUUCAAAGCUGCAAACCUGUCAAUCAUUUGAUCAAAAUCAAUUUCCUUCAAUGUAUCACUUUAAAUAGAUAGCAGAGCCAUAUCAGAAAGCCUUGACGGUCCCAUGAUGGAUCAUAAAUAUUUCUUGAUGAGCCUUAGUUUUGAAAAGCUCCGCUCACAUGAAGCAAAAGACUCACAUAACGUAAGGAAAAAAUUAAAAACUUAGCGAGAGUAUUGGAAGAGAUUCUAGGAAGUCCCAAUCAGCUAUGAAUUUCAAAACAUUAAUUACUGACCUGUCCAUGACUUUGUGAAAAUUCAAUAUCAGCUGCCUUUAGAUGUCUUUUAAGCCAUGGUAUUUCUUUUGAAAGUUCAUCUUCUGAUAACUCAUCAUAGAAAGAAGUUACUUUUGGAAUGUAUACCAAUAACUCUUCUUCAAUUGCUGAUACUAGACUCUUGUGUUGAACAGCUCCAAACAUAUCUGCUACUUCCAUGAUCGCUUUGCAAGAAACAAUGUAAUAUACAGCAACCUAUGAAGGAUAUCCCUCCACAUUUUCUUUUUCCUGUCCAUCACAGCAAUACUUUCGGCAUCAGUUGUUUUAUGUAUCCUAAGUCCUGCUGCCAAUGCUUUCCGCUUUUCAAGGCAACAUAGUUGCUCUUCUGAUGCUUCAUGAAAUUGUAAUUUUGGGCUUAGUUUCCACCACUUAUCAAAGUCAGUAACAAAUUUGGAUGUUGUUUCUGUAACAUUAACAGCAAACAAUCUGCAGCACAAACAAUUCAAUUUAUGACUGAAAAGUGAAAAAAACAAACUCCAAGACCACGCAAUUUUCUCGCCAUUUUGCAUCAUCCCAUAGAUCCAUUGUUUUGUAAAAUAAAAGAGCAUUAUUGUAAAAUAAUAUAAUUUUUAACCCUAUAAAUGGGUAAAAAUUCAUUUAUAAUGUUUUUAAUUUUUACCGAUUCGUAUACUUAUAAUCGCCCUACCACACCGCCCUAUUUCUCAGAAUCUAUAUAAAUAUAGCCUCCUGUCACUUACGGACGUCACCGAACACUUCAAUUGGCGUUGAACAAUGACUGUGUUUUUCUGACCUAAAUAUAGGAUCAUCUCAUUUCUGACGCAUCAACCUUGAACUUUAAAUAAAGCACGCAUUUGGAUUGGUUACAUUUGUGAAAAAUAUAUAUGUGAUUGGUUAUUCUUUUAUGAAUCUCGGUUUUUUAGGAGCAAUCUGUGCCCUGUAAAUAUAUAAUUUUUCAUUCGGGUGUCACCCCUAAAAUGGUGUCACCGGUGCGGUCCGCACCCCCCGCACCUGCCUCGCUACGCCACUGGGCUUAGUUUCUGUUGGUCUUUUCUUUUUUUUUUUUUUUUUUUCAUAAAUUUUACCCAUGUACUGUACACAAAAUUUUUAAACCAGCAAUCAAGACAUAGGUAAAGUAUGAAAUGGUACAUGCAUGGGAUGAAAAUUUUGUACCCUCCGACGGGACAGGAUGGGGCUUGGUUUCUGUUGGUCUUUUUUUUUUUUUUUCAUAAAUUUUAGCCAUGUACUGUACACAAAAUUUUUAAACCAGCAAUCAAGACAUAGGUAAAGUAUGACAUGGUACAGGCAUGGGAUGAAAGGUUAAAGUAUGCACUUCCAUACCCAUUCAAGCACGCAGAAGAAAACUUGUGUGGCCAUUUAACAAUCUCCGUACAGGGACCUCAGAUUUUUGCGUAUUACAGCAGUACUCUAAUAAUUAAUUUUGUCACCAAUUACGUGUAAUUUUGUCUUUUAACAUGUCAUAACCCCCACCCCUUUCACCAGGGACACACCCUUCACCAGAUGGAAAAUAUAAAUUUAGCCAAUUAUGUAUGGUCACCAGAAAUGGAAUUUGCUCCCGAUUAAGAAUCAAGAGUGUUUUUAAUUUUGAUGUAUCUGAAUAAAUCACAGUAAAUUUUAAAUGUAAUUUUAUAAUACAAAAAUAAAAUCAAUACUAUAAAAAAUGUGGCUACCUUUUGCUAGGCUUACAAUUUAAAAAAUAUUUCUAGCCUACAGGCCCAAAACCAAUACUAUUCUAUCCUCCUACUGCAUAUUAUUACCAGCAAUACUAGUCAAAAGUAAUAUCAAGUAUAAGCCCUAUCAUUUAGGACAUGAUUUAAUUUCAUACAUUUAAUUUUAUUUUUUAGAAAUCUUAUACUUCUACUUACCUUUAAAAAUCUUAGCAUUGAUUUAAAAUUUAACUUAAGUAUAGGGGCUGCUCAUUCCUGCCCAAGAAAGACAAUCAGGGACUGGAACCAUCUUUCAAAAGGAACGGUUGAGGCGACAACACUAGACACAUUUGUGUCUAUUGCCUCAAGCCUUCAAACCCCUAGUGUAUGAUUUCCUCAUCAACACCAGUAACAGAAACAUUGCAAAUCCCAUCUACAUGCAUAGGAGCCAAAAUGAUCAAUAAAUUGAUCGUGGGCCCUUAAGAUUUAGAAGAAGAAGAAUAUUAAGCUUUCGAAGGGGUGAAUAAACAGUUCAGUAAGAAGUAGCCAUGCUAUAUUUUGGUUAUGGUUAAUUUUACAAUACACCUCGUGAAAUCCCUUUCAUGGGUUUUAAAUGAAGAAAGCCCGUACAUGAAGCAUUUAAUACGCGGUAUAUCUAUCAUAGUCACAUUCUUUUUUUGGUGUUUUUGUGUUGCCAUUGCACCUUUGGAGCAGACAUUUUCAACCCAAAAACAUUUUUCACACCACCUUAGCGGUCCCAGCAUCUGCUGUAAAUUGCCUCUUGAUCUUUCAUCUCCCCAUGAUAUCACCAGAGGCGGUCUCCUUUGUCGUGGCCUGUAUUAAGGCACAGAAUGCAUUCAACUAGGCCAGUGGUCGGAAAAUUGCGGCUCUUUAGCGACCUGAGUGCGACUCAGUCAGUCGACUACAAAUCGGGUUUGACUCCGAAAAACAUGGCUCUUGGCAGGUUUUUGAAAAGAAAUUUGGCGCUCAAAAAUUUUAAUCGUUAUGCUGCUGAGUUCUGGCUCUUUUGACUAAUGAGUUUGCCGACCACUGAACUGGGACAUUAUUCAUCCUGUAGUUUUGGAAAGGGAAGUAAUAGAUACAAUUAGUUCCCAUUUCUUGUUAAAACUUUUUAGAAUGCUCGAACAGUUUUUUUUUUUUUUUUAAAAUGUUGGGAGGGGGGCGGCAGGGCAUUUUUUUUUGUUCAAUCUUAAAGUUGUUUUUUUACACAGUGUUAAGGCCUCCUUAAAGCAUUCCCCCCCCCCCCCCCCCCCCAUUUUUUUUUUUUUUUUUUUAAAAUGUUGGGAGGGGGGCGGCAGGGCAUUUUUUUUUGUUCAAUCUUAAAGUUGUUUUUUUACACAGUGUUAAGGCCUCCUUAAAGCAUCCCCCCCCCACCCCCCCAACAUUUUUUGGUCAGAAUUUGGGAUAUGAAGGACAUCCUUCUGUCAUGCAGAAGUAUGUUUUAUUUAGGAUUGGGAGUGUUCACAAAAUUGACCUUUAAAAUCUUUACCUCUGCUGUAGACUCAUUUUUGUUUCUUUGAUUGUCUUCAGCUGAAGCUAGCGUUUGUGCUCCUUUGCAAUGCCCGGCUGACACCGUCUUAUCAAGGAGUUUCUGAUGCGCCAAGCAAUGCGCCCCAAUCCCUAGAGGAGACAAGAUUACAGCACGAACUCAAAGCUUCUGUUGCGACAAGCACUGCGCCCCAAACCCUUGAGGAGACAAGAUUACAACACUAUCUCAAAGCUUCUGACAAAAUGGAUUCGUCGCUACUUUUUGGUUAGAUUUAAAAUAAGAACGAUGUACAUAGUAUACAACGAUAUUACAUUAAAUCAUGAUGAAUAUUCUAUCACACAUUACCGAGACCCGAAUUCUAGCAUUUUCUUUCGAAAACUAUAUUUUGUCCUCUAUGCAUAAGUCAUUCGUUUGGGGUUAACAAGUUAGGAAGUCUUGAUCGAUUGUUUCACUUAUUAUCUUUAUAAUAAAACAGUUUCAAAACAAUUAAGUUUUCAACUAGCUUAUAGCUUUUAAUCAGAAUUAUAUAACUUACUUUUUUUUCAAAUAGUGGAGCCUCUAUGGUGAUGCAAUAUUUAACACAAUGGUCAUGAUUUUAACAUCGAGCUCCAAAAAUAAUGGUAAUGUCAUAUCUAACAUCAUAAAAAUGAUUUAAUUCCAUUCCAUACAGCAGGUGAAGCUAAACAUAGCUCUGGGGGUAAAGAGGUUGUCAUUCUAAGGAACAAAAACCGCUCAGACACACUCAAAGUUAUCGAGAACAGAUGUCCCAACCGCAAAGGGAAAGUCUGCAUCUUAGGACCGCUGGUAAAUAUUCUGAUACCCUGAUUUGCUUCUUCUAUUGUCCCACACAAGUCGUGAAGACGGUUGCAGAGAAUAGUGGUAAUUGUAGUUUGAAUCUGUACAUAAAUAAAGACAAACAAGUGCUGAUUGUAAAGGUGUCUCGGGGAAUAGAUACAAUUACCACAGUGCUUACUGUAAAGGUGCUUUGUGGAAUAGAUAAAAUCACCACAGUGCUGAUUGUAAAGGUGUCUCAGGGAAUAGAUACAAUGACCAAAGUGUUGAUUCUAAAUGUUCUAAAACUUCAGGCUCAGCUUUUGUUCUUGGAUAGAAAAUCCAUAACGCUUAAUAUUCUUAUUAUGUCGUGUCUCUUCCCUUUUUAUUUCAGACAGACUUUGUCCAGGUCAGACGUUUUAAGUCGUUGGUACCAGAGGACAAAGGUAAACAAUUGAUAGCAAUUUAUUCAAAUGACUUGACGAAGAGACGAUUCCAGAACUUCAAAUGUCAUAGUCACGUAUUUACGAGAGACAAACAAAACCAAAAAAAACCGCUGGUCACAAAAGUAUUAUUAUAAGUUAAACAUAAAAAUGUGGGACGAUUAAAUUUUAAUUUUAGUUUACAAAACCUUAAGGAGGCUAUUCGGGGCUGGUGCAAAACUGUUUUGCCAUAAGGACAAUACAAAAAUAAAUCCAGCAAACUUCAAUUUUUAAGACGAUUUGCUCAAUCAAAGCAAAGAAAUUGAAACUGCUAAAUCUGUUGCAAUUUUCAUUUAAGUUCAGGUGAUCAAUAAUGUAUUUUAAAACAAAAAAAUGAAAUUCGGAAGUAGAGAAAGGAUCAUAGAUUCAAUCUUGAAUGACGCAUGAAGUAGCUCAAUUGUAUAAUCUACAACCGUGAAUGACUUUAAAGGGGUCAGUCUAUGUUCCUCUUAGAUCAGUAUUACGCCCCUCCAAGUUAUGCGUCGUAGGCGACUUUAAAGGGGUCAGUCAAUGUUCCUCUUAGAUCAGUAUUACGCCCCUCCAAGUUAUGCGCCGUAGACGACUGCCCAUGUUAGACGGCUAUGUAUAUAGCUCGUCAGUCGAAAUCGCCCAUGACCACAUUAACCAUCGUACCGGUAUAUGCUAAUUUUGAACUUGCUGCGGGUUCCGGAUAUGUUAGUAAUUUGUAGGUAUUUAAAAAAAAAACCAAAAAACAACUUAUGAUAAAUUUUCGUUUGGCCCACAUGUUACUGACAAAUAUAGAUCAUUGCCGGACUGGGGGUGGGGUGGGGGGGGGGGGCAUAAAUUUAAGUUCUACCAUGAGCACGAAUCUUUAAUUGUACAAAUUAUGUUUUCAGCCGCUGUGACGGAAGACCUAGAUCCAGUGAAAGCCGAAGCACUUAUACAAAAUAGACCCAAUUCCCCGCCACUGUUCAGUGUGUCAUCAAUCAGCUUAAAGAGCAAAAUAGGUAAAUCUCUACUACUACUAGACACUUACGAUGACAGUCUUGUCCAUUCUAUUUGGGGAGCUUUAUUCAACAUAUAUUACACAGUAAAAGCUUGUGUGUUUUCGUUUAAAUCCUUUAUAAUUUAUAUUAACUUCGCUUUUUUUUCGUGUUUCUUUCUGGCUGGGUGUGUGACAAAAAUCUUCGGACGGCUAAUUGACCCACAUCCCGUCAACCUAUCGAGCUGAAAGUUGGCACAUAGCCUCGUUGCCAAUGACAACACUUCUUUCAAAAUUUGGUUUCUCGGUGCCAAAAACUGGGAUAGUUUCUCCUUGAUGGUCAGCUCAAUGAUCAACCCUUGGGAUGGUUUGUUCGCUAUGGUCAUCUGCAUGCCAACAUCUGGGAGUUCCAGAAGAAAAUCUGAUAUUUUUAAGAGAGAGAAAUAUGGUGAAGAGUUUCAAUGAAAAUUUUGAAACUAAAUCAUGAAAAACAUUUGUGAUGAAUUUGUUUUGGGGGGAGGGGGUGUUGGCAUUAUAGAAAGAAGUUACAAUUACGUGAAAAUGUUGAAAAACUAAAAGGGUGCUAUAAUAUCAGCAGGUAGCCUAUACAGAAAUUGGUGCAUGUUUUAAAAAAUACAUUAAGUGUUUGUCCAUUUUCAUGUACAUGGAUUCACCAAAUUCUAUUACUGGCGUCAAUUGAAAAAUAACGUUACAUUACAAAAUGACAGCAUACUUGAUGUUUCAAAAAAUAUUGAUAAAGAUAAUUAAUUAACAUUUAAUUUUAAUAAAGAACUAACAAUAAUGGUAUGCCUACACUUUAUUGAAAGUAUAGGUUAGAAAAUAUCGAUCUACAUACCCCCACCCACCCACCAUUUUAUAGUUAUGUUCAUUAUUGAUUUAAUUGUUUCUAUUUUGAAGAAAAAAGUUGUUGUUUUUUGUUGUUGAUUUUUUUUUUUUUGGGGGGGGGGGGCGCUUCCUAACACAUUUUUUUUUUUUACCACGAACCUUCAAUUUGAUUAGACCAACUAUUUUUACCAGUGUUUCUUAACCUGGGUUCGAUUAAACCCCAGGGGUUCAGUGAAAAAAAAAAUUUUUUUUUUUUUUUUUUUUUUUUUUUUUUUUUGGGGGGGGGGGGCGCUUCCGAACACAUUAUUUGUUUAUACCACGAACCUUCAACUUGAUUAGACCAACUAAUUAUACCAGUGGUUCUUAACCUGGGUUCGAUUAAACCCCAGGGGUUCAGUGAGUCAGUCUCAGGGGUUCGGUGGAGGUCCCAAAAAAAAAAUAAAAAAUCAUAUUUUAUUUUUCCUAUUGAGAAGGGUAACGUGAAUGCGCAUGUGAAACUGUUGGGGUUCGGUACCUCAACAAGGUUAAGAACCACUGCAUUAUACACUAUCUGUCAUAAUUGAGUCCGAAAUGGCUUUAUUAUCACCAUCUGCACAUGGGGAACAGCUCAUAAAAUCCAUGCGCAAAAUUCGUUAAAAAGUUUGUUGUUAACAUCUUCAAUUUUAUAGUUUGAGUUCAAUUAAAAAAGUUUUAAUUUAAGGCUUUUUAAAUAAUUUAAGUUAAAGUAUUUGGGAAAACCGCACAAGUUGCCGUAAUGACUCCACAGAUGAAAAAGAGUUUUACAAGAAAGCAAAUGCGAACAGAUGUCCCAUCAAGAGGCCUUUAGAGUGGAAAAAUCUGAAAUAUCAUCCCAGCUGUUUUGAUAUGGCCAGUGAUUUGAACAGCGUCCGUAAGCAGAUAUCUCUCCAGGUCAACAUGUACCUAAACAGGUGAGAACUUACAUAGAUCUAAUAUUAAAAAAAAAUAUUGUAGAAUUUUACAUCCAGUGUUUAGGGGUGGACUGAAGCAGAAUGGGAUUAUCCAUAGGGCCUGGAGGCUCAGGUAUAUCAUCAGGGUGCGUUUUUCUUAGUGUUUUUUUACGUAGUUAUGCACCCCAUUGUUGGGUGUAGAAGCCGUAAGUUAUUUACAUCAACUUGGGGCAUUACAUAAAAAAAAUAUUAAAAAAAACUGUUAAAAUUGAAAAAUACUUUCAUACGCCAUACCGGACUUAUUAAUUGUUUAACAGUAAGUUUACUUCAACUUGACCUAACAUCAAAAAAAAUGUGCCUCUAAUGCUGUGACGAUUAGCCUAUCAAUCAACUCAAGAUAUAAUGAAAACUUGUAAUGUUAACCCGUUUCAAAAUAAUAUUAAUGGAAAGAAAUAAAACAAAUUAUUGUAUUGUCCUUCAUACACCGUACUGACAUUUCCCUCUCUUUACCAAGGUGUGCCAAGGUAGCGUGGUCCAGUGAGUUACCUGAUAAUUUGAGUAACAUACCGCGGCAUGCCGUCCUGGUCAAAUGGAAGUUAGCUCAUAACCUGCCCUGCUUCACAAUUGAGUGUGUUUAUACAGUUCUAGGAAGGUACAGUUGUUUAUAAAGAAACUAACUAUAAAGGUACAUUUGUUUAUAGAGUACUAACUAUGAAGGUACAGUUGUUAAUAAAGAAAGUAACUAGGAAGGUACCGUGGUUUAUAAAGUACUAUGAGACACAGAUGCUUUUACAGAAAAUGGGAGGUACACUAAUGGUACAGUUGUAUUUACAGUUUAUAGAUUGUUAUGCAAUUAAAAUGCUCAUUUCCUUUCAAAGCUUUCCAUUGAAACAGUUAUGUCUACACUCUUUCAUAUUAACUGAUUUUGUCAGUUUGUAGUGUCAUAUUAACUGAUUUUGUCAGUUUGUAGUGUCAUAUAAAAUGAUUUUGUCGGUUUGUAGUGUUUUAUAUUUUGAAAUGCUAUGAAAAAGCCACCUUCCAAAUGUAGGUUUGGAGAUAUCAGGAUCAUGGCCCAGCUCUCACCCAAUUCUGCCAUUGCCGUCUACUCAGACAUAACUACAGCCAAGGCGGUGGCCACAGUAGGCAUCGUUGGUUUUCAACAGUGUCCUCUGAUUGUCUCGUGGUUAUUCCCCGAGAUGUACAAAGACAGGUCAGUUAGAGAAGAUGCAGAAAUAAGGGAAUGGAAUUAUGUAUAAAUAAUUUGCAUGAACAUGUUCAAUAAAUGUGAGGAGUAAGAAAGGGAAGAAAAAAAAGGGGGGGGGGAACUUAAAUUUUCUUUAUAUUGUGGGGCGGCAUUUUAUCCAGCCAAGUGCAUAAUUUUUUUUCAUUGGAAGUAAAGCGGCAAAAAGCUUUGGCCGGCGACUGGUAUUACUAAACCUGGCUACGCCACUGAAUGAGAAUUACGGUAGUUUCUUUUAAUCUAAGGAUAAACUUGCAAUCCAACCAUUUUACUUGUAUUGUAUAGAUUUUAAAAAUUCCCUUGACAUGUCAACAAGAAUACUGCAUGUAUAUUAGAUGCCACUAGUUUAUGAUUCAAAAUUUUAAUGCACUUAAAAUCUCAAAUGUCUUCCUUUCCCAUGGGCUUGUAGAUAGAUGUUUGUCUAACAUUUUUUUGUUGUCCACAGCAUGAAAGAACAGCAUGACUGCAAUGAGUUGACAAUAACUGCCAAUGAGUAGUUAUUGUUUGUGCUAAUAUUUUCUUAUUUAUAUUAACAGUUGUCAACACACAAAAACCAGCCCAUAAGAGGCAAACUAAAUUAAAAAACAAAAACUCAGCCGAUACUGAUAUUCAGUUAAAAACCUGGCACUAAUCUGUGGCACACAAUUUAGUUAAAGAAAUUCUAUAAAUGUAUUUAUUUCUAAUGUCCUUCCCUUUAUUUAAUGAAAUAUAAGAAUGCAAACACAUAAUCUGGAUUUUCAGAUUUCAACUGGUCAAAAGCAUUGGCAACUUUCAUCGUCCAACCACAGAAGAAGUCUUCGCUAACCAUUUCCGCCAACAGCAAAAGAUUAUAAACACAUGUUUCCGACUUCACGCCCCGAACAUGUUUUAUGACCAUACAACCUACAGGCCAUAAAUACUGGUUUAAAAUCCGCAAUUGAAAACAUAUUGAUUGGUUUUAUAUAUGACAUCAUAUUACAUAAACAUUGGAGGUCCUUAAAAAAGACAAAUCAUUUUAUGUCAACAACAUUACAAAGGCACGUAUUUGUCUUAUUUUUAAAAUAAUGUCACGAUUUUUCUUGGAUUUGGCAGAUUUUUUCCCCCACGCUAUACUAUAGAUUUACACUUACGGGAUUAAGAUGUAGGCCUUAUAUUUUUUUUAUUGAUCAGAUAGAGUGAAUAUAAAUUUAAUUAAUUUUGCACCUAAUUACGAAAUAUGCUAGACACAAGAAUUUUAUAGAGGGGAAAAAAAUUACAAUUUGAGGCUACAGCACAAAAUUGUUACAACACCC